AUGUCGUCGAACCAGGCCAACGAACCUAAUUCAGGACCGCACUUCAGAGUCGAACAAACCACAACUCCCCAACCCAAGCCGCAGCAGCAGCACCCCAUCUCGACCAAGCUCGAAUACCGCGACGGCCUCCCCCUCCUCUCCCCGCAAAGCCCACCCGCCUCCAAGCCCACCCUCAUCCACAGAGACUGCACCCCCGGCAAGUGCCUCCAAUGCGUCCUCUCCGGCGCGCGGUGCGAAUUCGCCCAGCAGAAGAUCAGGCCCUCGGGCCGGUGCGGGCGGUGCGGGCGGACGGACGCGGACUGUCUCGUGCGGCGGCCGCGCGGGGCCGGGGAGGCGGGGCCCGUCACGGGCGGGGAGGCGCGGGACUGGGUCGCGGCGGACUCGGGGGUCCCCGACGAGGCGGCGGCGGUGCUCGCGUGGGAGCUGAGGACGAGGGCGAGGGAGGGGAGGCGGAGGGAUGUUUGCGGAGGUCAUAGUAGCCAAGCGGAUGAGGACUUGGUGGGACAAAUCGUCCUCGACUCCCUCAAGGCAAAUCAGUUCCCGAACGCCAUAAUCAACCACAAUGGCCUGUCGCUGCUCAACUCCCUCCUUUCGGGGCCUAUCAACAAGGUCUCCCGCCCCGGACUCCAAUCGGAUCACCGCACCCUAUUCGAGGACUUGCCUUACGAGACACGGGUUGACAUGCCCAGGGGCGAGGCAGCAAAUCGACUUAUCGACACAUAUUUCGAGCACUGUGAUUUCUUCUCACCUGUUCUCUCGUCAAAGGAACAUCUCACUGCCACGAUCGCACCGCUUUACGACACCUCAAACACACCAAAUCUUUCAUUGACAAAGGUCAAAUUCAGGGCGUCGAUGGUUUUCGCCACAGCCAUACUCCUAAUCAACAGAAUCGAUCCGUCGGUUCCAGUGGAGAGAUCACAAGUGUACUUCGCAGCCGCGAUGCACUUGCUCUCGAAGGAACCCGCAGCGAUUUGCACCGGCGACCUGGAUCACCUUACCGACCUGCUCCUGAUCGUGCAGUACUGCUGCUUCUGCCCCAAUCUCACCGCCGCGUGGCAUUUUCUCGGCCUCGCUACGCGGCUGGUGGUCGAAUUAGACCUACACAGCGAGAGAUGCACCUCCGCACUCGAUCCGGCCUUGGUUGAAGAGCGCAGAUGGCUCUUUUGGGCAACGUACACUUUCGAGCGCAACCUCUGCGUCAUACUCGGAAGGCCCUUCUCCAUUGCCGACGAAGCCAUCGAGACUCCUCUCCCGCCCGAGCCGGAGGACAACCCGCGACGGGCGCAGGCUUUGCAUCUGAUCAAAGCGCGCCGGUUCGAGUCCGAGAUCUACUCGGUGCUGAGGCAGAAGCACCCCCCGAACGGGAUGACGCUGGACAAGCCGGCCUGGAGGGCGAGCAUGACGCAGCGACUCCAGGAAUGGUUCGCCUCCACCCCGUCCGCCGACCACACGAGCCAGCUCACCCCGCAGCAAAUCUUCGAGGGCUUCCUCCACAACUCCUUCGUCAACAUGUACUACCCGUCGCAUCACUUCCCCGACGUCUCGCACGACGAGGUCUUCACGCUGGCGCGGCACGCCUCGGACAGCAUCAACUGCUACAAGCAGUCCUUCCGGUCGCGGGAGCUGCGCUUCUACUGGCGCAACAUCCACAACCUGUUCAAGUCGGGCGUCGCGCUGGUGUACUGCAUCCGCGCGUCCGCGGUGCAGCAGGCCGCCGGCGUCGACGUGUCCAAGUGGAUCGACACGGUCAACUCGUGCUCGUCGAUCAUGUGGGCGCUGGUCGAGCGGUACCCGCAGGGCCAGGCGUACAGGGACAUUUUCGAAAACCUCGUGAACUCGGUGUUGGGCAGAGACAGUAGUCUGCCCGUGUUACAGUCUGCUGACGACCAGGCUUUCAUGUUCAACUCGCUGUUCACGGCAUCAGAGGAGACGGACCUGCCGUUCACCGCCAUCGAUGCGUUAUCAUGGGGUUUUGCUCCGUCUGGCUGA